AUGGCUAGUUCUAAGGUGAUAGGUGCUGCUUUCUUGGUUUUGUUCUCUGUAGACCUCUGCUUUGCAGCUAGGUCAUUGCAGGUGGUUGGUAAAGGAGGUGGAGGAGGCGGAGGGGGAGGGGGAGGAUACGGUAGUGGAGGAGGUGGAGGUGGAGGUGGAGGUGGAGGUGGUGGCGGAGGGGGUGGUUCAGGUUCUGCUGGCGGUUUCGGUUCUGGGUAUGGGUCCGGGAGUGGCUCUGGAUACGGUUCUGCUGGGGGGAUAGGAAAUGGUGGAGGUGGAGGCGGUGGAGGCGGAAAAGGUGGCGGCGGAGGUGGUGGGGGUGGUUUGGGUGCUGCUGGCGGUUACGGUUCUGGGUAUGGGUCUGGGUCUGGGAGUGGCUCUGGAUACGGGUCUGGUGAUGGGACAGGAUAUGGUGGAGGUGGAGGUGGCGGAGGCGGCAAAGGGGGAGGUGGUGGUGGAGGUACAGGCUACGGCCCUGGAAGUGGCUCCGGCUAUGGAAGUGGCAGUGGCAGUGGCUCCGGAUAUGGAAGUGGUAGUGGUCAUGCCGGUGGCGGAGGUGGAGGUGGAGGCGGCGGCGGAGGUGGAGGAAGAGGUGGUGGUGGCAGCAAUGGAGGGGGUUCUGGCUAUGGUUCUGGUAGCGGAUCUGGACAUGGCGGCGGUGAGGGCGGCUAUAAGCCAUGA